UUUGCCAAAACUCAGUUAAACAGGAGAGUGAGGAAAGAAGAGAUGGCUGGGCACAAGAUUGCACACGCAACCUUGAAAGGUCCGAGUGUUGUGAAGGAGUUAGUUAUCGGUCUUGCACUAGGGCUAGCGGCUGGUGGGUUAUGGAAGAUGCACCACUGGAACGAGCAGAGGAAGACGAGGACAUUCUAUGAUUUGCUUGACAAGGACGAGAUUAGCGUCGUUGUUGCAGAGUAGUAGUAGUAGUAUUUGUAGAGAGAGAGAGAGAGAUCUUCUCCUCCAACACUAAAUAUUUUGAUGAUGAUGAUCACUUCUAAAUUUUAGCGUUUGUUAUUAGUUUCAAACCUAUCAUAUCAUACUUAAUUCAUUCUUGUUACUUUGGCACAA